AUGCAGGCGCGGCUCUGCUGGAAGUGGACGCAGCUGCUGUGGCCCACGGUCCAGUUCUUCCUGGUGGCCUGCGCCCUCUAUGUGGGCUACACCGGCGUGUCUGAUCACUGGAGUGACGUCCUUGCUGGUCUCCUGCAGGGGGCGCUUGUGGCUGGCCUCACUGUCCGCUACAUCUCAGAGUUCUUCAAAGCCCGACCCCCACAGCACUGCCCGAAGGAGGAGGAGCUGGAAAGGAAGCCCAGCCUGUUGUCUUUCUACUCGGGACACGCCUCCUUUGGGAUGUACUGCGUGGGGUUCCUGGCGCACUACAUGCAGGCGCGGCUCUGCUGGAAGUGGACGCAGCUGCUGCGGCCCACGGUCCAGUUCUUCCUGGUGGCCUUUGCCCUCUAUGUGGGCUACACCCGCGUGUCUGAUCACUGGAGUGAUGUCCUUGCUGGUCCCCUGCAGGGGGCGCUUGUGGCUGGCCUCACUGUCUGCUACGUCUCAGACUUCUUCAAAGCCCGACCCCCACAGCACUGCCUGAAGGGGGAGGGGCUGGAAAGGAAGCCCAGCCUGUCACUGACAGUGACCCUGGGUGAGGAUGACCACAACCACUCUGGGUACCCGCACUCCUCCUCCUAA